UCUCGAAGACGCUCUGCGACUCCGGCACGGGUGCCUCGCAGCCGUUCCCGACAAGGUUCUACAGCUCGGUUGUCUGGGGGCUCGGCCUUUCAGGCAUCAUCUCAUCCGCAAUGUCGAUGAUAAUCAAGGCAUCCAUGGCGAAUGACUUCGAAGGUGUGCAGGCGCAGGCCCGCAUCUACUUUGGCGUCUCGAUGGGCCUUCAGCUAAUCUCCUGCAUUCUGCUGGCGGUGAUGCCACGGAUUCCGUUUGCCCGCGAGUACACUGCGGAGUUCAGGUACACGCAUGAACACCGUGUCGAGCGUGCCCACACGAGCAACGACGAGUUCCCCGUGGGCACCGCGGGGAAAACGGAGGUGUCGCCGCUUCCUGACGAGCAUACGGCUACGUUUUCGGGCGCUGAGCACAACAAGGAUGUGCUGCACGUUGAGGGGGACGCGGACCCUCACACAGUGGGCAAAAGAAAAAAGGGGUGGGUGUAA